CGCUUGCGGCUCUGUCCGCUCGGUGACUGUGCAGUCGGCCUUCGCGACACAGCUCCGCCGGUCCACCAUGAACGCUCUGCUCGCCGCCGCCGUCCUCCUCGGAUGCCUCGCCCUGGAGCUGGUAGCUUCGUCGGACCAGAAAGUAAAAUGGUGCCUGAAGUCGGAGCAGGAGAAGAAGAAGUGCGAUGACCUGGCAGCCAAAGUGCCGCGGUUUACGUGUGUGCUGAGACACGGAUCCGAAGAAUGUAUUAAAGCCAUCAAGGAGGGUCAUGCAGAUGCCAUUACGCUGGACGGAGGAGAUGUUUACAAAGCUGGUCUCACCAAUUAUGACCUGCAUCCAAUCAUUGCAGAGGACUAUGGGAAAGACUCAGACACGUGCUACUAUGCCGUCGCUGUGGUCAAGAAGGGCACUGGCUUCAUGUGGAGCCAGCUGAAAGGCAAGAAGACGUGCCACACCGGCUUGGGCAAGUCGGCAGGCUGGAACAUCCCCGUUGGCACGCUGGUGGCUCAGGGUGACAUCACCUGGGGUGGCCAGGAGGACGAGUCCAUCUUGAAAGCCUUCUCUGAGUUUGUCUCUGCCAGCUGUGUCCCUGGUGCCCAGAAGGGCUCCAACUUGUGCCAGCUCUGCAAGGGCGACUGCUCCCGCUCGCACCGAGAGCCGUACUACGACUACGAUGGAGCUUUCCAAUGUCUGAAAGACGGAGCUGGGGAUGUGGCCUUUGUGAAGCACCUGACUGUACCACCCUCAGAAAAAGCUGGCUAUGAGCUCUUGUGCAAAGAUGGGACUAGGAAGGACAUUGAUGAAUACAAGAGCUGCCAUCUGGCCAGAGUUCCCGCUCAUGCUGUUGUCAGCCGCAAGGAACCCGAGUUGGCCAGUCGCAUCUGGGACAGUCUUCAAGCAGCCCAGGGUUUCCCUCUCUUCUCCUCUGAAGGCUAUGGGGCCAAGAAUCUCAUGUUCAAGGACUCCACGGUUAGGCUGGUCCAGCUGCCUAAGACCACCGAUUCCUUCCUCUACCUGGGUGCAGAAUACAUGUCAACGAUCCGCUCUCUGAAGAAGGAGCUGAGUUCAGAUAUACAGUCCAAAGCCAUUAAGUGGUGUGCUGUGAGCCGUGUCGAGACCGUCAAGUGUGACACGUGGAGCAUCCACAGUGUGGAUACGGGUGUGGCCAAAAUUGAGUGCCAGCAGGCACCCACAGUGGACGAGUGCAUCAAGAAGAUCAUGCGCAAGGAGGCGGAUGCCAUGGCUGUGGAUGGUGGGGAAGUCUAUUCUGCAGGAAAGUGUGGCCUGGUUCCAGCCAUGGUGGAGCAGUAUGAUGAAGAUAAGUGUGGUUCCUCCAAUGCUGUUGCCUCCUCCUACUAUGCAGUGGCUGUAGUAAAGAAGAACUCGGGCCUCACCUGGACUGAGCUGAAGGAGAAGAAGUCGUGCCACACAGGCAUGGGUCGCACAGCUGGCUGGAAUGUGCCCAUGGGCCUCAUCCACAAUCAGACCAAUGACUGCGACUUCUCCAAGUUCUUUGCCAAGAGUUGUGCUCCAGGGGCAGAUCCCAGCUCCAACCUGUGUGAGCUGUGUGUGGGCAGUGGCAAGGCCGUCAGCGGGCAGGAGCACAAGUGCAAGGCCAGCUCUGAGGAGCUCUUCUACGGUUAUGCAGGGGCACUCAGGUGUCUGGUAGAAGGAGAUGGAGAUGUCGCCUUCAUGAAGCACACUACUGUGAAGGAGAACUCUGGCGGACAAGGUGGACAAUGGGCCAAAGACCUGAAGCCCAGUGACUUUGAGCUGCUUUGCCCCUCUGGUCUGGCCGCCACGAUGCCAGUGGAACAAUACGAGAAAUGUCACCUGGCCAAAGUGCCAGCUCACGCGGUGGUGACGCGCCCAGAGAGCAGACAGGAGGUUGUGGCAAUUCUCAAAGAGCAGCAGGGCAGAUUCGGGCAUUCCAGCACUGCUGGUUUUAAGAUGUUCCAGUCGAAAGACGGAAAGAACCUUCUUUUCAAAGACUCCACCAAAUGCCUGCAGGAAGUGCCAUCCCAGCAAAGCUAUGAAGACUUCCUUGGCCCAGAGUAUAUGGCGUCCAUCAGAUCUCUGCGGCAGUGUGCCAGCAGCGUGUCCGAUCUGGAGCAGGCCUGCACGUUCCACACCUGCCAGCAAAAGGCCUAGAAGAGUAGACACAUGGAUGCCCAAAGCACCAGUCAGCCACACCAUAGCAGUGGCAGCUACACUGUGGAUCUUUAGCUUUUUUAGCAAUAAAGUUUAUUUUUGGCUCUCCUGAA